AGUUAGGUUAAUGUUCUGGUGGAGGAGAAGGUGUAACUGCCGUAACAUCAAAUUACAAAUUCGGAGUUAGAUGCAAUCCUCAUGCAGUCUGAGGGCAUUAAAAUACCUGGCAAUGCCAUGCCUGUGCUGUAAGCUGUGGUUAAUUGACCUGGUCUCCUGAUUUUGCAGCUCUGAACUUUCUAGGCAAGUACCGGGUAACGGCACGACUGUCCUCUUAAUGCUGGGGUGACUCCUGCUUAAAACCAAAAUCUUAGCAAGAUUUUAAAUUUUCCUUGCAAUAACUGUCAUCUCUUUGAGGCAGUGAGAUAAAAGGUGGAUAGGCAAAAUAUCCCAAACAGCUGCUCCUUAAAUUCUUAAGACCUUGACAGCACAUCGGUAGGUUGCUGCUGUUGCGAAGUUACCUGGUUUGGGGUUUCUGUUACUUGAAAAUGUAAAUAAUGGGCAUGUUCAAUACUAUGUUCAAUGCUGCUUGUGAUCAGUGAUUAUAAAACCUCAUAGCACGGACAUGUUUGUACACCCAUAACUGGGCCAUGACUGGCAGGGCAUGGGAGCAGGUCCGUGCCAUAACAAAGCUGCCAGAGCUGCUGGGGCAAGCUGAGCAUCGUGUGGUGGCUUCAAAUGCACACGUGUGCUUUCCAGAUACCCUUAUCACUCCAAAGCAGGGUGCCACGUUCCAGCCGCUAGGAUUGGUGGGGCUUUUUUUGUUUGUUUUCUUUAAAUUUAGUGGCUGGAGCACAAUUCUGCAUUGGUGGGUGGUGUUGGUGGGAAGUUUCACUUCUCUGGUCUACCAGAAGCCUGAAGGCAGUUCCUUGUGUGCUUUGGGCAGAGAUUUCUCAGAGUUAGAGGCGAGAUGAAACAUUUCGGAAGAGGGAAGUGAGAUACUGGAAAUUACUUCUGCUCUGCUUUUAUUGAGCUAGUGUUGAGCUUGAUAACCUCUCUUCAGGAAAUUUUGAACCUUGCACCACAUCCUAAAUACUGAACUGAAGUCAUUUGGAGGAGAUGGGAAGAAGACAUAGCCACCCCUGAAAUCACAGAGAGGCUUAUGCCCCAUAAUACAGUGCACCAGCGCGCAGGUUUCAGGUGGCAGCAAAAAGCCCUCGAUCAGUCGUAUUGUCAUCGGCUGCAGCACGACAUGUAUUUUCUUACAAGCAACAGUCGACUGAAUGAGCAAGUGGUUGAUAAAAUUAUUCUUCAGCUUAACAGAGUCUACCCCCAAAUUCUUAGCAAUGCAGAAGCAGAAAAGUUCAGGAAUCCAAAGGCAUCACUCCAUACCAGACUUUCAGAUCUGAUAAAGCACCUUCAAAAGAAAGGAGACAGGCACUGUCAAGAGUUUUACAGGGCUCUGCAGAUCAAUGCUGAUGAGCUAUAUAAUGACCUGCCAAGCAGGAAAAUCUUGAAAACCACAGAUUCCACAGAGAUAGACACUGACAAGGAGAAAUAUAUGCUAAAUGACAGGGGUCCAGUGUUUUUCCUCGCUUGUUUUAGCGUUGCUGCAGGAUUUGCAUUAUUUUGGUAUUGCUGUAACUCAGAUACCAAAGUCGUAGGAAGAGCCAGGAGAAUCUUGGGCUUUUCUCCUAUUAUCAUAGGAAGACACGUUAGAAAUAUUUGUAUGUUGUAUUUGGAAGACAUAUCAAGAAAUUAAGGAAAAGCUGCCUCUUCACUUCUCUGUACAGUAUACCUGCCAAGGGAAGACAACAGUGCGUGAAUAUUAAUGUACUAUACUCUCAUACCAAAGAUUUUAUUAACUAGCUUCAUCAAUAAUUGUGUUGCUUCAAGAUGUAUUCAGAAUUUCAGCUAUAUAUGUCCUUCCUUAUGGGAAUGGACCAUUUAUUUUUGUAAACGCUUAUUUUAGAAUAUUUAUCAUUUGGAUAAAAAAUAUUUUUAAUACAAACUUUAAAAUGAUAUCCUAAGUGAUCAUGGGUCUUAAGCCAUGUUUGCAUAUGUGUUUUAUACUGGAAUGAAGGAUCACAACUGUUUUAAGGAAUGCUAGCCUGUCUUUUGUGAUAAUUAAUUUAAGAAAAGCACUUAAAAAAACACAUGUACUCAAAGCCUUACUAAGAAAAGGAUCUCCAUCUCAGGAUCGUCUGUUUUGUCUAGAGCCUUUAUACUUACUGCCUGAGCUCAGGUGGGCACUAGCAUCUACGAAGUUUAUCAGUGCCAGUUACCUUUGUGUAUGCCAAGUACUUGCUGUGUUUUCUAAUUCUCCUCUUCGUGCCUCAUCCCAGCCUGCCUUGUUCAUGUUCACACUCAGCUGUUGGGCACGGUUUGAAUGCUUUGGAGCUGGUGCAGACUGGUUCUCAGCCCACGGAGGGUCCCAGGGACUAGAAUGUCUGAUGUGAAGCACUUCAAACUGCCGAGGUUUUUCAGAUUUAUUCAGCUUUUCCUUUUCCAGUGAAGUGUUUUGCCGUCUGUAUAUCUAAGAAACUGAAGUAAUCCAAGAUACUUUGCAUGGACUUAAGUGCCAUGACAUGGGGCUUUUUUUAUGGCCAAGAAUACGUAUACUUACUUGAAGAGCCUGAGGUUGUUCUUAAUGUCAUUUGAUGAUGUUAUGUUUUUCUUCUGUGAGUUGAAACCUGAAAAACUUGCAGAAACCAUUGUGAGACUAAAAUUCUUGAGGGAGAUGCAGGGAGUCAGGGCUGCAAGUGAAGCAGCUUGGGGUUUCUUAGCUUGCUCCUGCCUAGCUCAGUAAAAAUGGCUUUCCUCUUCCAGAUGGGAGGUGCAGUAGUUCUGAGAAAUGACAUUUUCAGUGGAUAGUUCUUCAAUUACCUGCUCAAGAGUGUAAGGAGCUUGGGGAGACCAUGUCCCUCUACUUGGUGAGAAAGAUACUUUGUGGCUCUUCAUUCACUGACUGAAUGAAGAGAUUUCCAGAUCAAAUCAAAUGUCACCUGAAUAAAAGUUGCAGCUACAUCACAAGUUACCAUGCACUGGAGGAUCCCAUGUGAAAUUUUCAGUCAUUUGGAGUGGUUUUCUCGAAACAGACUGAAAAUUGUCUUCCAGCUUUAAACUUUGUUCACUCUAUAAAGAUGUCAUCAUCUUCUCCAAAGCAAAUCGUCUUGUAAUAACUGUAUUUCCUUCCAGGACAACACUCAACCUGAUACAGUAGCAAACAUAUAGUGUAGAGAAGGAAUUGGGUACAGGGCUAAAUUUUAAAAUAAAAGACCCAAAGAGUAUUUGUGGGAAAUGUCUUGAGAGAUGAAAAAGGGCUCAGAGGACCCUGAUUUUACUCUUCUGAUAAAGCGUUUUUACCUAUGGCAUUGCAGUGUGGUUGGGACACGAGCCAACCCUUUGUAGAGGUAGCCACAAUCUUCAUUAGGUCAAAUCUCAAGAACAGAUGGUGCGUCUUCGUGGCCAUCACUGGUGUGAGUGCAGCUCAUCUUGAAACACCCAAGUGAAAUCGGACGGGCUACAGGGGUAACACUACAGCCACACUGUAAGUCAGCACAAGCUAUUUGGUUUAAGCACUUAUUCUGACUCUGCCGAGCUCCAGGUUGCUGGGUUUACACUGCGAACGGUGCCUCCACCAGCCACAUUAAAGCUGGCUUGGCUAUUUUUACACAGCUGCAGCUGCUCCUUUGACUGUGGAGCUGGCGUUUCCCUAACAGCUCCCCCGGUGUAACUGUGCAGCACUCUACAGAAGAGUUUUCUGCAUAGACAGGCAGACAUACCCCAAGAUCAGCAGUGGGCCGAGGGAUAUUAUAAACACUUAAUAGCCUGAUUGCUGCAGUGUAAAACGUGGAAUGAGAAAAAUGCCAUGCGAACAAAAUAACACCCAGCAGAGCAGUUUAUUUAGACUUCUUUUCCCCUGCCUCUACCCCACCAGCUCUUGCAUCUCUUCGAUCUAAUCUCCAUGGGGACUCUUAUUAGGGAGAAAACGGUGACGGAGCUGAGCGCGUGUCCUACAGAAUUGGCUAACCGCGAGGCUCUGCUGCCCUUGUUACACAACGAUCUGCUGUUGCGCUGCCUUCCGUCUUGGGAAGUGCUUUAAUUAUAUUCUGUUUUCUCUCUGCCUUGCCUUGUGUUUAAGGUGACAACAGGUUGGGUUUUUUUCUCCAGCAAACCAGCUGUAAUUUACAACAUUUGAAAUGAAAUGUUCCUUUCCCCGCUGCUGCUUACUUCCUAUAGCAGCCCCUUUUUAAGGGACUGGAAAAAAUGCCUCUGAAAUCUAAAGGGGUUUUAAAUCUUUGCCUUAAAGCCAACUUUGAAACCUCAUUAGAGGAACAGUAUUCCAUUUUACACAAAAACCCAUUUUUCAAAGUAAUCGCAACAGUCACGUGUCAUUUUAAAGCAGAAACAGAGGCCUUACUGCUGUUAGGCAGAUUCUUUCUGUUUAGAUUAUCCACCAUGUUACCCUUUGAAUAACAGGUUGCAAAUUGUUGUGAGCUGUUACUGAAACCUACAGAAAUUACCAGUGCCUUAUUUAAUCUGAAGGUGAGAAUCUGCUAUGCUUACUGGUUCAAGGAUGCCUUGCAGUGCCAGGAGGCCUCUCGGGUCAAUCAGGCUGCUCCAGGAGCAUGCUGGGUGUGCAGUAGGACAUGGUCCUCUCAGUUCCUUGCUGAGAGCCUGACUGGCUUUCUUGAGCCUUGAAAACCAUACAGAAUAGGAAAGUUUACUAAAGGCUCUGGCUAUAUUUCUUCCCUUUCUGAGGUUGCUUGAGAUGAGGAUGCCUCUUGGG